AUGGCAGCCUCCUCUGUCCUCCUCAUAGAUUCUGGUUCGAUGUUGGGAAGAACGUCUAGAUCCGAUAAUCUUCGAUCUACACCAGCCAUAUUUGUGGUUCUUCCCAGAAAGAUCGAACCGGUUAAAAGAGAUGAACAAACAGUGAACCGAUCCAUGAUGAAUCUGAGAUGGAGUUUUGAUCUUCUUUCUGGUCUUUUUAUUGUUGUAUCUGGUGAUGAUAUGAUACAGAAAGCGAAGAGAGGAAUGGAGGCUAAGCAGCCAAACUCUGGUAUAUGUAAGUGUGCUAGAGUACAACUUGUCAAGAAUGGAAAGAAGGUUGCUGCUUUUGUCCCCAACGAUGACGAGGUUUUGAUCUCUGGAUUUGGGCGUAAGGGUCAUGCUGUGGGAGAUAUUCCAGGAGUAAGGUACAAGGUCGUCAAGGUUUCUGGUGUUUUACUCUCUGCUCUCUACAAGGACAAGAAGGAGAAGCCAAGGUCUUAA